AUGCGCCUCCUCGCCCUCCUGCUCGUGCAACUGCACAUGCACACAUGCCUCGCGGCAACGCUCCGCGCGGGCAGAGACGUCGCCGCCAUCGAGGAGAGGACGACGGUAACAACAACGACGGUGGCACAUGUUCCUGGCGGCCGUAGGAAUGACAACAAUUACAACAAUUACAACGACGACGACGAUGACGACGACGACGACGACGACUACAGCGACGACAACGACAACGACGAUGAUAUAAGCUACAACCGCGCCCACAACGACACCAUGCUCGUACCGAGGGGCGAAACAUGGUUCCACUGCAGCGAGGGCCAGGACAUGUGCUGGCGCUCGGGCAUGACGCGCAACGUCUUCGGCUUUAUGGAGGACCACUACCGCGACCUGGUCUCGGAGAAGAAGUACCUGAACGGCGAGCGCCUGAUCUGCAUCCCGAUCGCGCUGGGCCCCACGGGCUUCUGCCUCUUCUGGGAGAGGCUCGAGAAGGGCGAGUAUCGCCUUGGCGAGACGGCCAAGAGGCUCCUCAAGAAGCUGCUCACGUGCGAGGACAAGAAGUGCGGGUACGUCGCCUUCACCGACAGCUCGGCCCGCCUCAAGAUAGACUACGUGGGGAACGUCCAUGGUUGUAAUGGAAUCUGCUAA